CCGAGACGACGCCACCAUCGAGGCAUUGACUUCCUACAUAAAGAGUUGAAAACUAUUCCUCCCCUCCAAGCUCUGCUAUUCCCACCCUCCUAAACUCUCCAAGCUCCAAACUCGAACUCAACCCUCCUACCCUACUAUUAGCGUAGUUACUCCCGUCCUCCCCACAUCGUCUCAGUCCCUAUUCUAAUCCCCCGCCAAACUCGUCUUCCCUUCCGAUGACCAAAACGAGUGCUCUUCCCCUCCUUCUCCUUCUCCUAACUCUUCUCCUCCUCCCCGUCCUUGCCCGGGGCGGAGACUGCGAGUGCUCCGCCUCUGAGGAUGAAAACCGGGACAAGGCUGCGGCCAGACCGCUGAAGAUCGGCGCCAUCUUCGCCAUUCUGGUCUCCAGCACCGCCGGAGUCCUUAUACCAAUAUCAGGCAAGUGGGUGCCGUCUCUCAGCCCAGAGAAGGACGUCUUCUUCGUGAUCAAGGCCUUCGCCGCAGGAGUCAUCCUUGCCACUGCAUUUAUUCACAUCCUCCCUGAGUCCUUCGAGCGCUUGACCUCCCCGUGCCUCAACGAGCAUCCAUGGCAGGAAUUCCCCUUCGCGGGGUUCAUAGCGAUGGUCUCGGCCAUCGGGACGCUGAUGGUGGAUGCUGUGGCAACGGGCUAUUUCAGUCGGUCGAGCAUUUGGAAGCCAGAUAGUGGGGUGAGCGAUGAGGGGAUAGGGGACGCGGAGCAAGGAGCUGCCCGCGUCCACGCCAUGCAUGGUCAUGAGCAUGGUCCGGCCGCCUUGGUGGUGGAUGACGGCCCGGAUGAAGCCUUGCGCCAUCGCAUCAUCUCGCAGGUUUUGGAGUUGGGCAUUGUUGUCCAUUCGGUGAUAAUAGGAAUAACUUUGGGUACAUCAGAGAGUCCAUCUAGCAUAAGGCCACUUCUGGCUGCUUUAUGCUUUCAUCAGUUCUUUGAGGGCAUUGGCCUCGGUGGAUGUAUUGUUCAGGCAAAUUUUAGAGUUAGGUCCAUGGUGACGAUGAUGCUUUUCUUCGCCCUCACAACUCCCGUUGGGAUAGCAGUGGGCAUCGGAAUAUCAUCCACGUACGAUGAGAACAGUCCAACCGCGCUCACCGUUGAAGGGGUUCUCGAUUCUGCCGCUGCAGGGAUUCUAAUCUAUAUGUCUCUUGUUGAUCUCCUUGCUGAAGAUUUUAGGAACCCAAGGGUGCAGAGCAAUUGGAGGUUACAACUUGUGAUAAAUGUCUCUUUGCUCGUCGGAGCUGGUUUAAUGUCUCUCCUUGGUAGAUGGGCUUAAAAGGAUGGACCAUAGAUAGGGCAACUUGAAAUUCAUAAAUGUUUCUCUCUCUCUCUCUCUCUCUCUCUCUCUCUCUCUCUCUCUCUCUCUCUCUGCGUAUAUGCAUGCGUAGGUGCAAGAAUGUCUUUUUAAGACUUUGUGGAAAUAUUAAAAUGGGCUCCUUGUGGUUGGUUUUGUUUUUUUUAUUUUUGUUCACUACAAAAAGGAAAAAAUUUCAUCGUCUGUAACCUGCCAAUGCUAAAAAGAAUCAUCAAUAAUUUAGUCA